AUGGAGCAAGGAAGGGUCUAUCAGACUAGCACAACAACAAUACCGAACAAUGAUCUUCGACGCCAGCGCUCGGCAGUCAAAAGCCGAAACAAUGGUUCCUCUUCUGCCACGGUUUCGCCAGAUACCAGCUUAUCAGCGGACGAUCAGAUAAACUUCUCACACAACGAGCAACUCCCGCCGCUAGUCAACUCCUCCUUGAUGUUCUUCUCCACACGACCCAUCUCUCAAAGUCUUAAUAUCUUGUCCAAAUCACGACAUCUCUUCCCGCGAGCUAUGGAAAUCCUGUUGAGGAAUUGGAGUGGGGGAGGGGAAUCGCUCCGAUACGCUAAUAUCCUCCUUCAAGAACCCGCCUGCUGCCAAAACCUCUUGGGUCCCAAUUGGAAGUGCUGGUAUGGGGACGAUGGCACCCUUUUCGAUCUGGCAUAUCAGAACGUUACGAAAGCGGAACAGGCGAUACUGUUCAAGGCGUUGCUGAGAGCAGAUAUGAAAUAUCGUCCACAAUUGUGUGCAAAUCGUCCAGCCUGGGCAGAUGAUUGGAGGCAUGCUGUGGAACAAAGCAGUUGGUCAAACGCAAAAGGAGGUAUCGUCGGGCUUCUGGUGGGCAAGACAUUGUGGGUAAGCAUGAUAACGGUACUUAUGGAGCAUCACUUGGAUAUGUGCAUCAAAUCGCCACAAAUUCAAGUACCAGAUCAUCGUCAGCAAUACAAGGAUAUCUUGAGAGAUUGUCUUGAUAUGGGUCUUGACAUCGCUUCGGAGUAUUAUGAUUACGAAAAGAAAAUGCUGUGA